AUUCUCCACUCCAACUCCCAUCGAAUACCACUCUCUCUCUCUUCUUCUUCUUCGUCUUGGUUCCCAUCAACACAUUCCCACAUUCCCCAUGGAUCGUACGAGCUAUCCGUGCAGUUGCGGACGGAAUCCAAGCAUGUGCUACGCUUUCAUAGCCGCCUGCGAGAGCCGCCUACGCGUCGAAGAGAUCAUCCAUAAACCAGAAAACCAACGGAACUUGGUCGAACUCGACGUCGACGAUCUGGUCAAAUCGGUCAAAGAUUUCGACGACGUAUUCUGGGCCCUCCAGUACAUGGGCACAGUGGGAGUCAGAUCCCGACCUUUAUCCCCAACCGGAGAUGAAAUACCCGGCUCCGAGUGGACCGGCCGGUUCAAAAUCAAAGGCAUCAGAAGAAUCCCAACUACUAAAAUCGACGAAGUGAAGAGCUACAUCAAGGAGCAUUGCGGCGUGUUAGUUACGUUUCCUAUCAACCAAGAUUUUUAUUCACGUUCCGUUGCGAUGCCUUAUGAACGUGAUAGAAGCACAGCAGAUCUAGGGUUCCAUAAUGUGUGUUUGGUUGGGUUUGAGGAUAGGAAAAGAACUUGGAUGUUUCAGAAUAGUUUUGGUGCUAAUUGGGGAGAUGAGGGUUAUGGAAAGAUUAGGUAUGAUCGUGUUGUGCAGUAUGUAGUGCCAAUAUUCAUGGAUGAAGAGAUUCUGCCUAGCUAUGAUAAUGUUCAGCUUCCUAAUGAUCCUGCUCCGCCUCCUGUUGCUUCAACUUCAUCAAGCUCUUGUGAUGCUGAACAGCACCAAACCCGAAGAAGAUUUGGACGUCGACACUAGUUCUAUUCCACAAGUUCUUGGUAGUUUUUAUCUGAUUUCAUUAAUCAAACUUUAUCAUUCAAGGGCAAUAUGUGUUUAAUAGAACUCCUG